GGAAUGAGUACACUGCCCUUUGUAACACAAGAGUGCUGAGGGAGGAAGAGGACAAAUGGAAAUUUGCUUUGGCCGGAUACCUUUUUCUUUUGUUUACGCAGACACCAAACAGUAACACCACAAGUCUUUUCCAUCCAAGUCCCCUUCUCUGUAUCAUUAAGCUCUCUGCCUCACCAGACAGUCACCAUACCCUACAGAUGUUUCAGCAGCCCCAUCGCUCCCUUUCAGCCUUUUUUUUUAGAGGGAGAAAGAGAGAGGGGGGGGGGGGGGGGGUGUGUGGGGUGUGGUUUGCAGUAACAUUAUUGCGCCUGAUGCUUUUGAUAAUCUCUAUCCUGUGUGCUCCUUAAAACUGUAGUCUCCCUCGCGCUUUAAGGCUUUAGAUCUUUUUUGGGGUCUUCCUAUGUGUCUGGCAAGUACAGUAGGGAGGGAGGGGCAGUACCUACUACGCCCCCGCGCGCGGGUUUUCUAGAGAACUGCUUGAACACUUGCGGGCAUUCAUGAUCUCUGUCUCUCACUGCCUUUGCAUGAAGAUUUUUGCUCCAAUUUAUGGCAAUGGCGACUGCGGAGAAGUCCCAUGUUGAUGUUAUUGUAGGGGACGGAGGUCGCUGUCACUUGAUCGCUGGGAAUGAUGCCGCACGCGACGGGAGUCUCCCCGACGCCGCUGACGGGGCCCGCGGGUCCUCCGACGAACGGAGGUGUCCGAGCGCGUCUCGGACUGAGAUUGUCGGGGUUUCCGAGAGAGGGAGGGGAUCUUCUGUGUCGGAGAGCUCGGUGGAGGUGGAUCUGGAACGUGGGGUUCCUGAGAUUAAGCUACAUUUGGCCACAAUAGAGAGGGAUUGCAGGAUUUGUCAGCUGAGCUUGGAUUCGGUGAAUCAAGAAUCUGGGGUUCCGAUUGAGUUGGGAUGCUCCUGCAAGGAUGAUUUGGCUGCUGCCCACAGGCAGUGUGCGGAGGCAUGGUUCAAGAUCAAGGGGAAUAAAACCUGUGAAAUAUGUGGAUCAUUAGCACGUAAUGUGGUGGGCUCAAAUGAAACCGAGUUGAUAGAGCAGUGGGAUGAGGCAAAUGAUGCAGCAGCAGCAGCUACAACAGUUACUGCGCCUAUGCAUCCAGCAGAUACCCAAAACUGUUGGCAGGGCCACCGGUUCCUGAAUUUCCUCUUAGCUUGUAUGGUCUUUGCCUUCGUCAUAUCUUGGCUGUUCCACUUCAAUGUCCCAUCGUGAUAUCCAGCCGCCCCGGGCAUUUUCCUUGAUAUUAUGGAUAACAGGAUAAGUCCCCAAAGCCUUGGCACUUGGACUGCAAUUCUGAUUUCUGGAUCCUUUUCUGUGUUGUUGCUUCUCCAUUAUUGGCUGGAGCUGAGCUUUCCCAUUACAUUUGCAUGUCUGUAAGUAUUAGAGCUUCUACAAUCUGUUAUAUUUCAUGUGGGUUUCACCCUUUUUCUUGUGCAAGACCUAACUCACUGUAAUGUACUAUUUGUGUGUUAAACAACAGUUGUCUCCUUUUGUUUGUUUGUUUGUUUGUUUUUAUUUUUAAAAUAAUAAUAAUAAUAAUCUCACUUCAUUGA